CACUGCGCUGGGUGUGUUUGAGGCCAGUAACGUUCAGGCAGAAACUUCCUGGUAGCAGCGCUUCACCUGCCGAAACUGAAGCAAUAAAUUACACAGAAACACAGUCGCCUGCUCAUAUAUACAACAAACUGACAUUUCUUCGCUACAUCACGUCACCCGUGAGAGUAUAUUCAUCAUUUGAAGCAGAGAAAUCAGUCACGCGCUGCUGGAGGAGCCGAAGAACAGUGAGUGAGGAUGAGGGUGAUUCCCGGUGGGAAGGAUGAAGAGUUCCCCAGCUAACCGCAGUCGGGACAUCGAGCGUCAGGCAGGAUAUCUGCGUCCGGAGCACUGCGCGCCGCCCCCUCCUCGGACACACUCGGCAGACGACAUGUGGUUCAUCCGGGACGGCUGCGGCAUCGUGUGCGGCGUCAUCACGUGGCUGCUGGUCUUCUACGCCGAGUUCGUGGUCGUCUUCGUAAUGCUGCUGCCAUCAAAGAAUGUGGUGUACAGCCUAAUUAAUGGCACCUUGUUUAACGGACUGGCCUUCCUCGCCCUGGCAUCACACUUCAAAGCCAUGUGCACCGACCCGGGAGCCGUUCCAAAGGGAAACGCCACUAAAGAGUUCAUCGAGAGUCUGCAGCUCAAGCCUGGGCAGGUGGUGUAUAAAUGUCCCAAAUGCUGCAGCAUCAAACCUGAUAGAGCUCACCACUGCAGUGUGUGUAAGCGCUGCAUCAAGAAGAUGGACCAUCAUUGUCCCUGGGUCAACAACUGUGUGGGAGAGAGCAACCAAAAAUACUUUGUGCUUUUCACUAUGUACAUUGCUUUGAUUUCUCUUCAUGCUCUCCUCAUGGUCGCUCUCCAUUUUAUCUUCUGUUUUGAAGAAGACUGGGCAAAGUGCAGUUCUUUCUCUCCUCCGGCGACCGUCAUCCUCCUCAUCCUCCUGUGCUUUGAGGGUCUGCUCUUCCUCAUUUUCACCGCUGUGAUGUUCGGGACGCAGAUUCACUCCAUCUGUAAUGAUGAGACCGGUAUCGAGCAGCUGAAGAAAGAAGAGAGACGAUGGGCCAAGAAGUCCAAGUGGAUGAACAUGAAGGUGGUGUUCGGUCACCCGUUCUCUCUGUCCUGGUUGAGUCCGUUUGCUCCGCCGGAUCAUGGCAAGGCCAAUCUCUACCAGUACGUGGUCUGAGACGGCCGACGUCUGCUCUGAAAGACCUCGCCGGCUCUAGUGGUCCUUCACCUCCAGCCUCGAGGAGCUGCACUAUUAGAACCAGUCCCGCACUGUGAACACUGUCCUUGACCAAUGAUGUUAGUGAUGAAUUGGAUCCAGUGGCCUGGUGAGAUUCUAGAGGCCUUGACCAGCACCAGCUUUGGCGAUCAACUCAAGUGUUUCUUGAUGAUGUUACUUUUUUUGUUUUGUUUUUCUUGAUUGACAGAUGCCUUCACUUUCGCCGGUUUAUUAGGAAA